AUGGCAACGAUCUGGGCCUUGGGCCUUGGACGCCAAAACUACCUCUUGCCGGUACAAACCUACCGGGAGCACCUUUUUGAUGCUUGCGAAGCUUCCAAACAAGAGUUCUUCCAUCAAGAGAAGGCUGAGCUGUUCAAUCCCCACAAAAACGGCUUCUUCCACUGGGCCACAGCGACUCCAGAGCCCGCAGCAGACACCAUGAAGGCUGCUGGGCUCCUGGGCUUUUGGACCGCCUUGCUCCUCUUCAUGCUCGUGGCCCACCUCCGUGCCGCUGCGCAGGACUAUGGACCGAUGAUGGGUCUGGCAGCCUGGCUCUGCUCCACUGCCUUCUUCACGUACUACCGGCAGCAACUUCGCGCUCUCUUCUCCAUCAAAAACGACACGAUGGACAAGGUGAAGGACUUCACCAUGUGGUGCUGCUGCUGUUUCUGUGCAGCUGCACAAGAGGCUCGUGAGGUCCGCGAUUUCCAGAAGGCCGAGGUUUAG